AUGGACCGGCCAGAGAGGUCCCUCGGGUUGGAGGGCCUCAGCCGGGUGUACGACCUUUUCUCUGCGAGCGACCAGAUCCAGAACACGAGCGCCAUUCUAGAUGAGCUUGAACUCAUCCAGGCUGUCUCGCUGCAGCUUCCUGCACACCCACAUUCUAAAACCCUGAACAGGACUGAAAAGGAUGUUAUUGUGGAGAAUGUCAUCGGGAGUACUGCCGAGGGCACCAGCCUCCCACAGCGUCUGCUCCCCGUUCUUCGUCUGAUCCCAAACGCUCUGCCGCGGAUUGAGGUGAAGUACAAGGAUCUGACUGUGGAGGUCGAUGCGGCUGUCGGGCUGAGCGACAAACCCAGCAUCUGGAACUCGGCUCUUCGGACCUUCAACACCCUGCUGCUGCGAAGCCAUGUGUCCAAGAAACCACUGCGUGUUCUGGAGGGAGUUAAUGGGAUGCUGCAGCCGGGCAGCUUCACUCUGCUGAUAGGGCCGCCGGGUUCCGGAAAGUCGGUCUUCCUGCAGGCCCUCUCUGGGCGGCUGAGGAUCAACAGGGGACUCAGGCUCUCGGUGUUGGAGACCCUGAAGUUUGCCUACGCCUGCCUGGUGAACCAGGGGCAGGUGCUGAGGAGCAUGGAGGAGCUGAAGCGGGCGCUGGAGGGUUCAGAGCCCCUCCCUGCCUACCUCUCGCAGGCGCUCUCGCAGGCGCUCUCGCAGGCGCUGGGGCAGCUGGAGGAGGGGCUGGAAAUGGUAGCACAUGGAAAGGAUGCUAGUCCGCGGAGCUCCAACGGGAAGGAGCCCGACUCCCCUGCAGGCUCCCCCGCCGCGCCCACGGGAAGUUCCCCCCGGCCCGCCGAAGGUGGCGCGAGCCCUGCGAGUCCGUCUCUGGGGCCGCCCCGCAGCGCCGUGCGGGGGACGCAAGGUCUGGACGGGACCCGCAGGCAUGGCUCCGGGGCGCCGGCCGGCAGCAGGCGUGCCGCGUCAGCUACGCUUGGCCGUGCUGCGGGGCUUGGCGUGCAGCGUCAGGCGGUCAGAGCGCCCCCUGGAUGCUGUCAGACCGAUGGCAUGGAGGGUCCGGAUGCAGAAUUCCUGAAGCUGGUCCUGCUGGUGGUAAAGCACAGGCUGAACCCCCACGUCACCAUGAAGCUGAUGGGGCUGAGCCACGCCGCCGACACGCAGAUCGGGGACGGGCUGACGCGGGGCAUAUCCGGGGGUGAACGCAAGCGCGUGACCACGGCCGAGGUGCUGGUGGGGCCGCAGGCCGUCCUCCUCAUGGACGAAAUCUCCACGGGUCUGGACAGCGCCACCACCUACAGCGUGGUACGCCACCUCCGCGACGCCUGCCACACCCUGGACAAGACCGUGCUGGUGUCGCUGCUGCAGCCGCCGCCAGAGGUGAUGAGCCUGUUUGACGACGUCAUCCUCCUUACCGACGGCCGCGUCAUCUACCAUGGUCCCGUGGAGCAUGCGCUGAGCUUUUUCACGAGGCUGGGGUUCGCCUGCCCGCCCCGCAAGGACCCGGCCAGUUUCCUGCUGGAGGUUACCACACCCAUCGGGCAGCUGACGUAUGCGACCGAAGGGCUGCUGAAGUCAAAACGGGUGCGGGAGAGCAGGCGCACCCCCCAUAAUCUCAUCAUCAACCCGCCCGCCUCCCUGCUGGUUCUCGUCGAGGACAUUGCAGCGGCGUUCUGGCAUCGCAGCGAGUGGGGCGGGCGCAUGCUGGCGAGCCUGGACUCGGCAGGCGAUGGGGCCGAGCAGCAGGCACCCCUACCAUCCACCAAGUUUGCCAACAGGUCGCCGGGCAGGAAUGCGGGGCAUGUGGGUUCACUACGGCCUGGGAAGGUGCUGCCACUCGAAUCCCCGGUUGCCUUCCGGCUGCGCGCCACGUGGCUGGUGAUCCGGCGCCAGGCGCUGCUCGACCUGGUGCGCCAGCGCGCCUUCAUCAUCGCCCGCCCCAUCGAGGCUGCCAUCCAGGCGCUCAUCAUGGGAUCCAUGCUGUUCGGCAUCACACCCGGCGCAACCACUUGGCGAAAGACGUUUGCGGCGUGCGUCGUGGCGGUGAACUAUGUGACCCUGAUGAGCGCCCCCCAGCUGAUCCUGGUGUUCAACACCAAGAGGGUGUUUUACAAGCACCGCGACAACCACCUCUUCCCGGCCUGGUCCUACACCUCGGGCUUUGUUGUCACCCAGCUGGUGCCAUCGGCCCUGGAGACGCUGCUCUUCUGCCCCCCCUUCUACCUCCUGGUCAAUUUUCAGCGCAGCGCGGGAUGCUUCUUCACCUUCCUCCUCCUGGUCUGGUCCUGCAGCAACUGCGUGGCAGGGCUCAUCCGCCUGGUCGCCUUCUCCUCGCCCAGUCUGCUGGUGGGGAACUCGAUCAUGGGGCUCAUCUUCCUGCUCAUCUCCCUCACGAAUGGCUUCACCAUCAUCACCUCCAGCAUCCCUGAUUACCUGAUAUGGGUGCAUUACCUGAAUCCCACCGCGUGGUGUGUCCAGGCCUUUGCCAUCAGCGAGUUCACGAGCCCAGGGUGGCAGAUACCGGAAGCGAAUGGGUGGGAAGGGUUGACCCAGGGCGAGUAUGCGCUCGCCGCCUUUGGUUUGCGCAGGGACCGGAUGUACAUCUGGUACAGCGUGGUUUACUUCUGGGGCAUGCUCCUCGUGUACACUGCUGCGGGCGCGGUGGCGCUGAUGUUCUCGGAGCCGGCCAAGCCCAGACCCACAGUUGAAGUGGAGCAGGGGAAGAAGCAGCUUGAGCGGGAGGUGCAGGACACCGCCGACCUGGGUGCCCAGCUUUCUUGCGGCUCAGAUGAGCUGGAGACCUCCACCUCACAGCGUUCGGCGGUGCCUUUUGACCCCAUCACCCUGAUCUGCCGAGGAAUCAAGUACUAUGUCCCUGACCCGUCCAAGGGCAGGGCCGGCCGCAAGGGCGCUGUGGACGACGGUGACGACCCCGCCCUCGCCGGCAAGCUGCAGCUCCUGCACGACAUCAGCCUGGUGGCCGAGCCUGGCCGGCUCAUGGCCCUCAUGGGGGGGUCAGGCGCCGGAAAGACCACGCUCAUGGACGUCAUCUGCGGCCGCAAGACCGUGGGCGUCAUCCGUGGCGACAUCUUUGUGAACGGUCACCCAAAGGACCAGGCCACCUGGUCGCGAGUGGUCGGGUAUGUCGAACAGACAGACAUACACUCUGCAGCAGCGUCAGUGCGAGAGUCCCUCCUCUUCUCCGCUCGGCUGCGUCUCGAGGAAAGCGUGUCUUUUGAACAUGUCAGGGCCAUCGUAGAUGACACCCUUCGCAUGGUGGAGCUGGACCGGAUCGCGGAGCGCAUCGUCGGGGGCGAUGGCUCUGGCCUGUCGCUCGAGCAGUGCAAGCGUCUGAGCAUCGCCGUGGAGCUCGUGGCCAACCCCUCGGUGGUCUUCAUGGACGAACCCACGUCGGGCCUGGAUGCGAGGGCGGCCGCCAUUGUCAUACGAGCAGUGCGGAACGUGGCAGACAGCCAGCGGACCGUCAUGGUGACCAUCCAUCAGCCGAGCAUGGACAUCUUUGAAGCAUUUGAUGCUCUCCUACUUCUGCAACGCGGGGGCAGGCUGACGUACCUUGGGGACCUGGGCUUUGAGAGCUCACAGCUCGUGGCAUACCUGGAGGCCCAGCCAGGGGUGGAGCCCAUCCGCCCCGGGUACAAUCCCGCUACCUGGAUGCUGGAGGUGACUGGUGGGUCCAUGAGCACCACCUUCAAGGACGCUGGGCAGGACUUCCCCACCCUCUACAGGGUGAGCCAUCUCUUCCAGCAAAAUGAGGCCCAUGCUUCCCAGCUGCUGGAAAAGUGUGCCAAGGAGCACCCCCCCUUGACCCUGAGGUCCAAGUAUGCAGCGUCCCAAGCCACGCAGCGCCGCUGGCUCAUCCGCAAGUUUUGCAAGAUGUACUGGCACCUUCCACAGUACAACAUGACCCGCAUCUUCCUGACCACGAUCAUCUCCUUCAUCUACGGCGCGCUGUACUACAACCAGGGCAAGGUGGCCGCGGACGGCUCGAUCUCGGCGGCCCAGGUCCAGAACAUCGCGGGCGUGCUCUUCUCCAUGACCACCUUCCUGGGCAUCUUCAACUGCAUAUCGAUCAUUCCUCUCCUCUCCGCCGAGCGCACCGUAUUCUACCGGGAGCGGGCCGCCGCCAUGUACUCCCCCGGGCCCUACACGCUGGCCACCUCCGUCGCGGAGAUCCCCUACCUCCUCAUCCAAGCCUUGAUCAUGUCCGUAGUGGCCUACUGGAUGGUGGGCUUCGACCCCGUGGCCUGGAAGUUCUUCUACUUCCUGCUGCUGCUGACCCUGGUGCUGACCAUGUACACGCUGCUGGGGCAGUUCCUGAUCUACCUCACACCGAAUCAGCUGAUGGCGAUGAUGCUGGCCUCCCUGUUCAACCAGCUCUGGAACCUGAGCAAUGGCUUCAUGAUCCCCUACUCCGAGAUCCCGCGGGGUUGGAAGUGGCUCAACAGGAUCAGUCCUGCCACAUGGUCGCUGUAUGGUCUAGCAUGCAGUCAGCUCUGCGACAAGGAAACUCUGAUGACAGGCUUGUCGGGGAGCGACAUUUACCUGCCCGAUUUCAUGAGAGCCUACUUUGGUUGGGACUUUGCGAUGAUUUGGUGGUGCGUCCUCAUCGUCUUUGCCUACUGCAUCUUCUUCAGGACAGCCUCUGUCAUCCUGCUCAGCAAGGUCAGCUACCUGCGACGCUGA